UGUACAAGAUUCAAAUAUAUUUACUUUGUAUGUUUGUCUAAAUGGAUAAAAAAUUAUUGGCCAACCUUAAAUAUAUUGAAUCCAAUGAUUCAAGUUAUGAAAUAAUCGAUUACCUUGGUAAAGGAUCAUAUGCAAUUGUUGUUCGUGCACGUAAUAUUAAAAAUGAUCAAAUUGUUGCCAUUAAAAUCGGUAUAAUCAAAGAUCGUGAUGAUGAUCAAAACAAACGAAUUGAAUUGUUGGCAAAAAAAGAAGCUAAAAUUCUUUUCCAAUUACGAUCACAUCGUAAUAUUGUUGAAAUUUUUGAUUAUUUUCAAUCGAAUGAUAAUCAUAGCUAUCUUAUUCUGGAGCUAUGUGUUAACAAAUCUUUAAAUAGUUUAUUACGAAAUCAACAAUGGAAUUUAACGAAUGAAAUGAUAAAAACAUUUCUACAUGAUAUUAUUACUGGCUGUCAGUAUUUACAUUCAAAACGAAUCGUUCAUCGUGAUCUUAAACCGGAUAAUAUUCUUAUGAAUGAAAAUUUUGUAGCAAAAAUUGGUGAUUUUGGUUUAGCCACCGAAUUGUCGUCUGUGGAUAAACUUUUGUAUACAUUUUGUGGUACACCUAAAUAUCAAGCACCAGAAAUGAUUACAAGAAUUGGUUAUAAUUUUUCCAUUGAUAUAUGGGCAAUUGGUUGUAUUGCAUAUCGAUUAUAUUAUGGUAAUGCACCAUUUAAUGGAUCCAAUGCAAAUGAAAUCUAUCGUUGUGUAUUGAAUAAAAAUGUUAAAUAUUCUCGUAUAAGUUGUUAUGAUUUCAGUAUCAAUAAUGAAGAAAUAAAUUUUAUUCGAUCAAUGUUGAUUAAAGAUUCGAAAAAAAGAAUCACUAUUGAUCAAUUGUUGAAGAAACGAUUUUUCACCAAUAAACCAUCAUCAUCAAUGGAUACACGAAACGACGAUGAACGUCAGACAACAACAACAACAACAACAACCACCACCACGAACGAUGAUAAUAAUCGAAAACGAAAAAUCGAAUACGAUUCAAUGAUUGAUUAUAUGAAAGCAAUUUCCAAUUAUGAUUCGAAUAAAUUAAUUCGUAUAAAUUAUUUACCAUAUCAUGAUAAUCAUCUAACACCAAUCAUUUCAAUAAGGCAAUGGAUUGAAAUCGCUAUGUUUGGUUUUGGCUAUGAUUUUGGCCAUAAAACUUUUGGUUUUAAUUUUCGUGAUCAAACCAAAAUGAUGUUACAUAAUGAAUCUGUUUUCUACAUGGAUAACAACAACAACGACAACAAUACAACACAAUCAUCAUCCAUUUGUCAAUUUCCAACGACAGAUUGUCCAAAUUUAUUAAAGAAAAAAUUAAAGAUUUUAAAACAAUCUUUUGAUGUUUUACAUCGAACUCCUGUUACUGAUGAUCAAACAAAAAUUGUUAACGAUGGUGAUGAUGAUGAUGAUGAUUUACAAAUACAAUUCAAUGAACAACAAAUUCCUUGGUUACAAAAAUGGAUCAAAACCAUCGAUGCUAUUGUUUUUCAAUUGAUGACAUAUAAUUUGAUACAGAUCAAUUUCGAUGAACAAAAGAAAACGCUUUUGUUUGAUCCGAAUAAAAAAUCAAUGACCAUUGUGAAUGUGGCCACUAGAAAAAAAUUAUCAUUAGCAUUAUCAUUCAUUAUGAAUGGAAAUAUUACGGAUCGUAUGCAACAAUAUGUAUCGAUAGCUUUACAAUACAUAGAAUUAAUUAAUCAAUAA